UGCUCGUCUGAGGUUUGAACGAUGAUUGAAUAUAAUGGCGACCCGUUUUCUCUGACUUGAGCCCAUGGAGCAAUCUUGGACUGACAAAAGGAACCCUUUGGAUGCUUUGUCUUGCACUUUCGAAAGCAGCAUUAAAGAAAACCAGCCACGAAACGGAGUUCAUUCGCUCUCCGCCACAAAGGGGGAGCCUGGAGAAAAUUUCUACUGCUACCGUUGCUAUCGCUAGCAGUUGUUCGUGCUAGCUUGCUAAGUUGAAGAGGGGACAUUCUUGUGUGGAAACUGAGAAGAAAAACGGCCACCUUGCUAAAAACCGAGAUUGGUGCAUGUUAUAAACGCGUCUACUCUAUAGUCUUUUUUGAUAUACUUUUUUUUCUCUCAGGGGCUACCAUUAGUGAGCACCGACUUGUUGUUUGCGUUAGCUUCUAGUUUUUGGAAGAGGCUUGAGCAGGCACCCAAGCAGGGAUUGUUCUAGUUUCCUUCUUGUUUGGACUUGCUCUCGUUUAAUAGGAAAACUGCCAACCAGCGCAACGAUAGCUUGCUAGCAAAGUGUGCUAGCUUGCUUAUUUAAGGAUUUUUUUUUUUUUUAGGUUUUUACGUGAUCCCUUUUUCUUUGCAAAUGACUACCGGCAGGAACAACCGGGCGAUGAUGGAAGGAGUUGGAGCCAGAGUGGUCCGGGGACCCGACUGGAAGUGGGGGAAGCAGGACGGUGGAGAGGGACAUGUUGGCACGGUUAGGAGUUUUGAAAGUCCAGAGGAGGUGGUGGUUGUGUGGGAUAACGGGACAGCUGCCAACUAUCGUUGUUCUGGAGCUUAUGACAUACGGAUAUUAGACAGUGCUCCUACAGGUAUCAAGCAUGAUGGAACCAUGUGUGACACCUGUCGACAACAGCCCAUCAUAGGUAUUCGCUGGAAAUGUGCAGAGUGCACCAAUUAUGACCUCUGCACAACCUGUUACCAUGGAGACAAGCAUCAUUUAAGACACCGUUUCUACAGGAUCACCACUCCAGGCAGUGAAAGAGUACUUUUGGAGUCACGUCGCAAGUCAAAGAAAAUCACAGCCAGAGGGAUCUUCGCUGGCGGCCGGGUUGUGAGAGGAGUAGACUGGCAAUGGGAGGACCAGGAUGGAGGCAAUGGGAGGAGAGGAAAAGUGACGGAGAUCCAGGACUGGAGUGCAGCCAGCCCUCACAGCGCUGCCUAUGUACUGUGGGACAACGGGGCAAAGAACCUGUACAGAGUUGGAUUUGAGGGAAUGUCUGACCUGAAAUGUGUCCAAGAUGCCAAGGGAGGCUCAUUUUACAGAGACCACUGUCCUGUUUUAGGUGAGCAGAAUGGCAACAGAAAUCCCGGUGGUCUUCAGAUUGGUGACCUGGUCAACAUUGAUCUGGAUCUAGAGAUUGUUCAGUCCCUCCAACACGGCCACGGGGGGUGGACCGACGGUAUGUUCGAGACGCUCACCACCACAGGCACGGUGUGCGGCAUCGAUGAGGACCAUGACAUUGUAGUUCAGUACCCAAGUGGAAACAGAUGGACGUUUAACCCAGCAGUGCUGACGAAGGCUAAUGUAGUGCGCAGCGGUGAAGUUGCAGCUGGUGCAGAAGGGGGAAGUUCCCAGUUUCAUGUGGGAGACCUAGUCCAGAUCUGCUACGACAUUGACCGCAUCAAACUGCUGCAAAGAGGCCACGGAGAGUGGGCUGAGGCGAUGCUGCCAACCCUGGGCAAGGUAGGUCGUGUGCAGCAGAUCUACUCUGACAGUGACCUGAAGGUUGAGGUUUGUGGGACUUCCUGGACGUACAAUCCUGCUGCUGUCACAAAGAUCGCUCCUUCUGGCUCUGCUGUCAGCAAUGCCUCUGGAGAGCGUUUGUCUCAGUUGUUGAAGAAGCUUUUUGAGACACAAGAGUCCGGGGACAUCAACGAGGAGCUGGUUAAAGCAGCAGCCAAUGGAGACCUAGCCAAAGUGGAGGACAUUCUUAAGAGGCCGGAUGUGGAUGUGAAUGGACAGUGUGCUGGACACACUGCUAUGCAGGCAGCCAGUCAGAAUGGUCACGUGGAUGUACUAAAGCUUCUGCUGAAACACAACGUGGACCUAGAGGCUGAGGACAAAGAUGGAGACCGUGCGGUGCACCAUGCAGCAUUUGGUGAUGAAGGCUCUGUCAUUGAGGUGCUGCAUAGGGGUGGUGCUGACCUGAAUGCCAGGAACAAGCGAAGGCAAACCCCAUUACACAUAGCAGUCAACAAGGGCCAUCUACAGGUGGUUAAAACCUUGCUGGACUUUGGCUGCCACCCCAGCCUUCAGGAUUCAGAAGGAGACACACCUCUGCAUGAUGCCAUUAGCAAGAAGAGAGAUGACAUGUUGUCAGUGCUGCUGGAGGCCGGUGCGGACGUCACCAUCACAAAUAACAACGGGUUCAACGCCUUGCAUCAUGCUGCCCUGCGAGGAAACCCCAGUGCCAUGCGUGUGCUGCUCUCCAAACUGCCGAGGCCUUGGAUCGUAGACGAGAAGAAGGACGACGGUUACACUGCGCUGCACCUGGCUGCCCUCAACAACCAUGUGGAGGUGGCUGAACUUUUGGUGCAUCAGGGCAGUGCCAGCUUAGACAUUCAGAAUGUCAACCAGCAGACGGCAUUACACCUUGCAGUUGAGCGCCAGCACACUCAGAUAGUUCGGCUGCUGGUGCGGGCAGAGGCCAAGCUCGAUGUGCAGGAUAAGGACGGGGACACACCCCUUCACGAGGCACUGCGUCACCACACGUUGUCCCAAUUGCGACAGCUCCAGGACAUGCAGGAUGUCAGCAAAGUGGAGCCCUGGGAACCCUCCAAGAACACGUUAAUCAUGGGACUGGGCACCCAGGGGGCUGAGAAGAAGAGUGCAGCAUCCAUUGCCUGCUUCCUGGCAGCAAAUGGCGCAGACUUGACUAUUCGCAAUAAAAAGGGCCAAUCCCCCCUGGACCUGUGUCCUGACCCCAGCCUCUGUAAGGCUUUGGCCAAAUGUCACAAAGAGAAGAGCAGUGGCCAGGUUGGCACGCGCAGCCCGUCUCUGAACAGCAACAUGGAGUCCCUGGAGGAGUGCAUGGUGUGUUCUGACAUGAAGAGAGACACCUUGUUUGGACCAUGCGGACACAUCGCUACCUGCUCGCUCUGCUCGCCACGUGUCAAGAAGUGUCUCAUCUGUAAGGAGCAGGUCCAGUCGAGAACCAAGAUUGAGGAGUGUGUUGUCUGCUCUGACAAAAAGGCAGCCGUGUUGUUUCAGCCCUGUGGCCACAUGUGCGCUUGUGAAAACUGUGCUAGCCUCAUGAAGAAGUGCGUACAGUGCCGGGCUGUGGUGGAACGCCGCACCCCCUUUGUUCUCUGCUGUGGAGGGAAAGGUAUGGAGGAUGAUGCCGCUGAUGAUGAUGAUGAUGAUGAUGAUGAUGACCUUACAGGGAGCUCUAACUCUAUGGCAGGGGGAUCGCAGGAUCUUCUCCAGCCCAACAAUCUGGCUCUAAGUUGGUCCAGUGGAAACAUCCCGGCCUUGCAAAGAGACAAAGAUAACACAAACGUCAACGCCGAUGUCCAAAAGCUUCAGCAGCAGCUGCAAGACAUCAAGGAACAGACCAUGUGUCCGGUGUGUCUGGACCGGCUGAAGAACAUGAUCUUCAUGUGCGGCCACGGCACCUGUCAGCUCUGUGGGGACCGAAUGAGCGAGUGUCCCAUCUGCCGCAAAGCCAUCGAGCGCCGCAUCCUCCUUUAUUAGAGCUCCCAGCAGAGGCUGUUUAAAACCCGCAUUGACAACUCCGGCGGCACCACCUCCACUGCAGCUGCCGCCAUCUUCACAGCACUUAAGUCAGCCACGUCUUAAACUACAAAUGCUUUUUUUUUAUGUUGUGACUGUGUCCACAUGGAGCUCCUGUUACAAAGCGUCAAAAAAUAUGAACUGACUUCCGUU